UCGAUGGCCACUCUGAGAUGGAGGCAGGGCACCCUUUGCUUCUUCAUCAAGGUCUCUCGCUUGAAUCCUGACAAUUCCUUCGCCCGUCAAUCUCUCGGUGAAUCCACGGCGCUGGUCAACACAUGGAUUCUUUCGUCAGUUUGCAUCCGGAACCUAAACUGAUUCACUCCCUCUCAUGGGCGUUCAGUGUGGCAUCGCUGCUGCCUCCGUUGUAGAAUUGUUUCGAGUUUCGCAAAUUGGGAAUGUGCAACAGGAAGCAGUGUGUAGUUUCGAUAGUACUGUGCCGCUGUCCGUCUCGUGCGUUGAGGUUGCUUUGUAUCGUGGAUCCAGGGUGCUUGUGCCGGUACCAUCAUGUAACAAAUUCGUCACUGCCUGGUACCUAUGGGUGCAGGUUUAUUUAGCUGCAGCGGAAUUAAAUAUUGCAGAUUUGUUGCUCUUACGUGUAAUAAGCCUCAACGUUGUCGGAGGCGUUCAUGUGGUUGGCUGGAAUGGCAGUGAACUCUACAUCCCAGCUUUUUAAGAGCCUUCUUGUAACUAGUGAGCUCAUCGAUGGACAGAAUAGGGGGAGACUUGCAUCUUCCUCUUUGUAUGAUAUUUGUACACGAAUACAUAGAAUUUCUCUAGGCACAAGCUUCUGGCCUGGGGAGCAGUUGCAGCAUUCAUCCUUUUCUGGAAGUGCAAAGCACGAGAAGCAUAGGAAUCUUUCUCUAGUUUGUGUAUCCAAUAUGAGAGAGUUCGACCAAACUGCUCUAGUUAGUGCUGGUAAAUACUUACAGAAUGCAAGUACUAUAAGUGAAGCUAUUUCUCUUGUAAAAAAGCAUCUCCAUCAAGGCAGUACUAUAGACUCCUACAUGUACGUUGACGUUCUGCAAAGGUGUUUCAAGCAUAAAGAUCUUACAUCAGUCAAGCAGGUUCAUGAUUGCAUCUUGAAGAGCGGGAUGGACCAAAAUCCGUAUGUAGCCAACAAGCUAAUGAGGGUCUACAUUAGGUGUGGGAAGGUCCAGGAUGCACGUCACGUAUUUGACAAACUUGUGAAGAAAAAUGUUUUUAAUUGGACCACCAUGAUUGGAGGUUAUGCCGAGCAUGGUCGCCCGGCUGAUGCAAUCGAGGUUUAUAAUCAAAUGCGUCAAGAAGGUGGGCGGCCAAAUGAGGUAACUUACUUGAGUAUUUUGAAAGCAUGCGCCUGCCCGGUUGGUUUAAAGUGGGGCAAAGAAAUUCAUGCACAUAUUAGCCAUGGUGGCUUUCGAUCAGAUGUUCCUGUACAGACCGCGCUGGUCAACAUGUAUGCCAAGAGUGGCAGUAUUAAAGAUGCCAGACUAGUUUUCGAUGAAAUGGCGGAGCGGAAUGUAAUCACAUGGAAUGUAAUGAUUGGUGGACUUGCACAACACGGCUUUGGACAGGAAGCAUUCUCCCUUUUCCUUCAGAUGCAAGAAGAAGGGUUUGUACCAGAUUCAACUACUUAUUUAAGCAUCCUCACUGCAACUGCAUGUUCUAGUGCAGGGGCUUUGGGAUGGGUGAAGGAGGUUCAUCGUCACGCUGUCAAAGCUGGAUUUGAUUCAGACAUGCGUGUGUGUAAUGCGUUAGUUCACGUGUAUUCCAAGAGUGGCAGCGUUGAUGAUGCUAGACUUGUUUUCGAAGGAAUGCUGGAUCGUGAUGUAAUCAGCUGGUCUGCAAUGAUCGGUGGACUUGCACAAAAUGGGUGUGGACACGAAGCGUUCUCCCUCUUUCUCAAGAUGCAAAGAGAAGGAGUCAUUCCGAAUGUAACUACUUAUGUGAGCAUCCUUACUGCAAGUGCGAGCGCAGGGGCUCUAGAAUGGGUGAAGCAGGUUCAUAACCAUGCUAGAAAAGCAGGACUUGGUUCCGAUUUUCGUGUAUGCAACGCACUUGUGCACAUGUAUGCUAAGAGCGGCAGUAUUGAUGAUGCAAGACUUGUUUUUGACCAAAUGUCAGUGCGUAAUGUAUUCACGUGGAAUGCAAUGAUUGGUGGGCUUGCCCAGCACGGGUGUGGGCAAGAAGCAUUUUCUCUUUUUCUUCGGAUGCGGAGAGAAGGAGUUGUUCCGGAUGCCAUCACAUACAUGAGCAUCCUCAAUGCAAGUGCAAGCACAGGGGCUUUGGGAUGGGUGAAGGAGGUUCACAGGCAGGCCGUUCAAGCGGGACUUGAUUCUGAUGUGCGUGUUGGUAAUGCUCUAGUUCACAUGUAUUGCAAGACUGGCAGUAUAAGUGAUGCUAGACUCAUGUUUGAUGGAAUGGUGGAGCGUGAUGUAAUCACAUGGACUGCAAUGAUCAGUGGACUGGCACAAAAUGAAUGCGGGCAGGAAGCGUUCUCUCUCUUUCUUCAGAUGCAGCGAGAAGGGUUCAUUCCUGUUGCAACUACUUAUGCGAGCAUCUUGAAUGUAUGCACAAGCACUGGCCUUGCAAUGGUUGAAGAAAUUUGACAUUCUGCUGCGAAACAGCUUGCUGAAGGGGCAUUGGUGGCAUUACCAGCCUUUCAAGCUUCAUGCUAGGGACCUUUCUAAAAUCAGUUACCAUUCUACUUACAUAUCCUCCCUCUAGGUAUAUUUCGCCUACAAACUUUCUAGUUUUUUCUUGUACACUCUGCUCUGACUAGAUUGACUUGGAAAUAGGCAGUGAAUUUACAAGGGUUUUCUUUUUCAAGAGAUGUGUAGGUAGCUGAUCGAAACUGAUUUCUCCCGCGUAGUCAAGGCAGCAAUCCAAGAUGCCGAUUCAGAAGAGGAGCAGAAAGUACUUCAACAAUCAGGAACUUCUCCAUUUAACACCCCUCAGCAGCUUUUGCAACAUGACAACUGGACGAUCCAUGUUUACAUGACUGUUUUUAGGCACAGAUUCUGAAAACAAUUCUUGCUAUGGCGCUGGUACUCACGAUUUAGAAGAAAUUUCUUAAUGUAUUUGGUGGGUCUUGCUUAUACUAUGUACAUGGAACCUUUGGAUCAAGACCAGGCUGGAAUAACUCAAAUUUCAGGCGAGACGACAUUGUGUAUGGUUGUGGCAAUCAAUGCUAUCAAUCAUAUUUGAUUCCUAACUUGCAAGUAGUAUAAUAUAGAGGUUGUAUUACAAAACAAAUAAUAAAAAUCAUUGGUUCAUUUUAUUAAAUUUA